AUGGGAGCCAGCCUUACCUUGUCUGCACUCAAACUGGCCUGCGACUUCCUGUCCAAGGGCGGCUGGUUCAUCACCAAGGUUUUCCGUUCCCGGGACUACCAGCCCCUCCUGUGGAUCUUCCAACAGCUAUUCCACAAGGUGCAAGCCACCAAGCCGCAGGCCUCGCGUAACGAGUCGGCAGAAAUCUUUGUGGUCUGUCAGGGCUAUUUAGCCCCAGAAAAAAUCGACAGCAAGUUCUUUGACCCCAAGUUUGCUUUCAAGGAAGUAGAGGUUCAGGCCAAGUCUGUGAGUGAACUGGUGUCACAGAAGAAGCCCAAGGCAGAGGGGUACGAAGAUGGCGCAACGAUUCUCUACAACCGCUACACGCUGACAGACUUCCUGAAGGCCCCCAACCCCGUGGACUUCUUGUCCAAGGCCAGUGAGAUCGUCAUUGACAAUGAAGAGCUACAACGCCACAGUGCAACUACUGAGGAAGUGUGCCACUGUUGCCGGGACAUCCGUGUUUUAGGCCGCAAGGAGCUCCGGGCUCUAUUGAAUUGGAGGGCAAAGCUCAGGCGAUUCCUUGCCAAGAAGUUGAAAGAGCAAGCCAAGGAAAUGAAUAUCAACUUGAGCUCUGGCGAAGAAGAGGAGGAGGCGCAGUCUGAGCGAGCCCCUCCGGAGCCGCAGGGUGCCAUUGAGGAGCGAGAAGAAAAGGCAGAGGAGGAGGAACUGGAGCGGAAGCUGGCCGAUCUCAAGGCCCAGGAGAUGGCUGAGCUGAAGCGGAAGAAACGCAAAAUCCUGCGCGAGCGACGACGGCAGCGAGAGCGCGUCGAGCUCAAGAUGGACCUUCCAGGUGUGUCUGUUGCGGAUGAUGGUGAUACAGGGAUGUUCUCCCUCCGGGCCAUCGGGAAAAGUCAGCUACUCCAUGAGGUGGUCCAGGGCGAUAUGGCGGCAGCAGACUCCUUUGUGGCGACCACAAUGGGCACAGAUGACCUCUCCCUCUCGGAGGAGGACGAAUCCGAUGACGUCUCUUUAGCCAGCGAGCUGGAUGAUGAGGAACUGGCCGAGGUCGAGGAGCGGGCAAGCCGCCUGAGGUCUGCUCGUGGCCCUGUGAGGGCUGCUGAGGAAGAGGAGGAGGAGGAUGCAGAGGCUGAGAAUCCUCUGUUGGUGCCUCUGGAGGACAAGGAGGAACGUGAGAAACAUCAGGCCCACCUGUGGUUUGGCAAGGAAGCUUUUGCUGGGAUUGAGGACGACGACGAUGAGGAUCUGGAGAUCGGGCAGGCACAGACCCUGUCCCAGAGCCAGGUGGCACCUGCAGCAGUUUCCCGAAAGGUGGAAAAGAAGCAGAAACAGCUGCCCAAGCGGGAGGCCACACCAGAGGUGACCCUCGAAGGAGGCCAGGAUUCUGAAGGAACCAAGGCCCCGUCAGAGGCAAAGGACUCUGACACAGACCAGAGCGAUGACAGCGACAGCGACGAGGAGAGGGUGCAGCCAGCCUCAGGUGUGGGGGUGAAGCGUCCCUUGGCAGAGGCAGGUGGUAUCGAGGUGGUCCCCAUAGAAGAUCCAGUGAAACGAGCUCGGGUUCUGGACCCCGAAGGACUGGCGUUGGGAGCAGUCAUUGUCUCCUCCCGCAAGGCCACAAGAGAUUUGGUUGAUGGCUCUUUUAACAGGUAUACAUUUAAUGAGGAAGAUGGGGAGCUACCCGAGUGGUUUAUCCAGAACGAGCAGCAGCACCGACGCAAACCGCUGCCUGUGGACCGGCAGGCGGUGGAAGAGGCCCGCCUGCACUGGCGGGAGAUCAACGCUCGGCCCAUCAAGAAAGUGGCAGAAGCCAAGGCCCGCAAGAAGCGCCGGAUGCUGAAGAAACUGGAGCAGAUGAAGAAGAAAGCAGAGUCUGUGGUGAACACGGUGGACAUCUCUGAGCGGGAGAAGGCUGCCCAGUUGCGCAGCAUCUACAAGAAGGCAGGAUUAGGCAAGGAGAAACGGAAGGUAACCUACGUUGUGUCCAAGAAGGGCGCUGGCCGGAAGGUGCGCCGCCCCGCAGGAGUGAAAGGUCAAUUCAAGGUGGUUGACAGCCGUCUGAAGAAGGACAUGAGAGCCCAGAAGCAGAAAGAACAGAAGUCGAAGCGCCGGCGGCAGAAGUGAAGGAUAG